AUGAAGGACUUUUGGAGAGAGUUCGUCUUGCCUGUGUUUAUAUGUCUCACCAUUGUUAAACUGUCGUCUGCUCUGUUAGAACCAUCUCCGUAUCCAGCCACUUUACGAGAAUGUUACAACUUCCGGUCCUACAACAUGACGCCAUCUGACGAGAUCGCCUUACAAAUACAGAAUUAUUGUUAUAAGCAAUAUCAGUUCAAGCAGAUUGCGGAGGGUAAAGUUUUCUCGACCCCAAACAUCACAGAAGAGGGUAUGAAUUAUAUAAACAGUUUGUUCCGACAGUUAUUCGGUGAGUCAAGCGAAAUUGUCAAGAACGAGAAGUUAAAACGCCAAAAAAGACAAACAAUGCCGGUGAGAAUUAGACGAGAAGUGAGAAGCCCUGGAGCCUUCGCGCCAUUUGCCCGGUGUAUAAGAAAUCUCUACAAUAGAAUAGUCCAAAGGAAUCCCCCACUGAAUGCCUACCAGGUGAUAGCUGCGUUACACACGGGUCCAGUGUUACGAUCAGCACAUGGCGGAGCGGCAUUCCUACCAUGGCACAGGAUAUACCUGUUACUAUUGGAAACAGCCUGUAAUGGUAUCCCGGUUCCUUUCUGGGACUCAACUGUGGACAACGACAUGGCCGAUCCUACCUCGUCAGUUCUGUGGAGUGAACAAUUCUUCGGAAAUGGUGAUGGGUUGGUUAUGACAGGACCUUUUCAAAAUUUUCAGAGUGUUAUUUCUGGAGACAUAAUAUCAAGAGAUCUCGCAACAGGUCCCACUUCUUUGUUUACCAAGCGAGGUCUCGCAGCUGUACUAAGUCGCGUACGGUAUGAAGACAUUGUAGAACCAAAGCAAGGCCCUGCUUACAUGUACAGUUUAGAGGGACAUCAUAAUGGUCCCCACGGCUGGGUAGGGGGCCAUCUUUCAAUGCCAUGGGUAGCUGCCUUCGAUCCUGUCUUUUUCAUGCAUCAUGCUUACAUUGACGCCGUGUGGGAACUAUUCAGAAGACGGCAACAGCAGCUGGGAAGAGACCCUGAACAGGACUACCCACCAUUCAAUCCUCCGGGGCAUGGCCCUUACGACCUCAUAUCCUUUCCACCAUUUGUAACAAUGAGGAAUAUCGAUGCAAUGUCUCAAUCCAUUGCAAGAUUAGUAAGAUAUGAACCUUUCCCAUCUUGUGAAAACAAUUGUAAUUCUAGCCCUGUUUUGUCAUGUGAGACGAUAAGAGGUGUUUGUAUAUCACGGGGGCGUCCUACAUCAACAUUGCAACCAGGAAUUGCGGCCUUCCCAGGUUUAGCCAGUCAACCAGGUCAACUGGCCGCCAGCCAAAAUGCUCCCUCGGAAUCUCGACUUCGAGCAGAAGCACGUGGUCCUAUACGUGGAGGAGGAAGAUUCCGCGCAUCACCGAUUAGCGAUCCACGUAAUCGACCCAGUACUAUUGGAAGUGCUCCUGUUGCACCUGAGUUACAGGCAGUCAGUACCCAAGUAAGGUCAGGGGGAAUACGGAGUCGACGGGAUGUCUCUCAUGUACAGCAGAAUACCCAUAAUACAGCUGACAAUGUACAUGGUCAGACUAUUUCCUCACUGGAGCGAUCAUACACGAAUACUUUCGUCAUAGACGGGGUAAUCGAUGCGAAUCGAUGGGCUAACGUCCCUGUUCGCGUGUUAUAUACAAGAUCUUCAACUCCCGACGGCAACGACCCCACCUCCCAUACUAACACGACACAGGAAAAACCAGAGGCCUGUCGUGGAGUUCGCUCUGGGGCUUCAAAAGUCUUCAUAGCCUCCAAUGGUCUGAGUUACUCUGGAACCUACAAAGAAUAUGCUAUUGUAGAUGAAAGACUACCGGUUUCCAUAACAACUACAGCUGUGGGUAUAAAGAAUCCGGAUUACGGUGAAGGAGAUGUUUUACUUACUGCCUAUGACUCCUGUGGACGGUCGUGUCGACCUCUCUGUCUAACAUCGCUCCAAGGGAAACAAAAAUUUAAGCCUUGUUCCGGAACAUUCAAGAUCUCGUCUGCAACUCCAAAAAUGUUUAAACCCAAAUUCUUAGAUGUGUAUGGUUUAGUUGAUGCCGAUUCCCUUCAAAUAUAUUCAACAAUCACCUUUGUGUGUGAAAAUGACAAAACUUGGCCAUGGGAAUAUUAAGUGUUUAAUUAAAAGGUACAUUAGAAUUUCUAUUUGUUAGAUACUCCAAAUCUAAGUAUAUUUUAAAUUGUUCGACUACUCUACUUUCUUAAAGAAAAUGUUAAACUAUUUGAUUUCAAACAUUAUCCAUAUGUGUAAUUAUUCAUUAAUAAUAAAAUAGCUGCA